AUGAGACGCUCCGCCCGCACGCUCAUCGUCUAUGUCGCGGCGUGUGCCGUCGUCGGCUUCAUCUUCAUCUCGUCGCCCCACGGGCACGGGUUCACCGCCAGCCUCGAGAACGCGCGCCGCCUCGCCGGCGCCGCCGCUAGCAACGCUGGCGGAGGCGGCAGUGUGAGCGACGUCAGGAGCCAGGCGCUCAGCUUCCUCACCGCGGUGCAGAACCCCGACCCGUCGUACAAGAAGGAGAACUUCCCACAGCACUGGGACUACACCGGCAAGCAGGGCUUCAACGGUGGAUACAUGUGGUACACCGAGACCAAGCUCCGCGAGCUCACCGCCUGUGCUGUGCGCAACGACUGCCACCCCAACGCUUACAAGGUCGUCAUCUUCUCCGGGUGGUACUGCCACGAGACAUUCUUCCGUAAUUUCGGCGCCGGCGAGGGGACGUGGUGCAAGUCGAUGAAGAACUCGCUCGACCGACAGGGCUACACCGUGCUCCUUGCGCGCGACAACCCAGCGACGGCGUCAGCGACGACGAACAGAACUAACGCGACCCCAGAGUACGCGUACCACAUCUACCGCCAGAUCCCCGACCUCGUUGUCGGCAUCAUUGGCGACACGCACAAUGGCCACGGCAACAUUGACAGGUGGUUCAAGUCCCCUGAGAGGCCUGACGGCAUCCCGGCAUGGAAGUUCUUCCACUUUGGCUUCUUUGGGCUCCGCGACACCACAGUCGUGGGCAACAAGUGGAUCGUGAGCGCGCUUCCGAACUGGCACAAGGAGAAGGGCGAGGAGGCCGCGUGGACAUGGCUGGGGUACGACCUUCCUCUGAUCGACGCGAAGGAGGUCGUGCCGUUCGAGGAGCGCCCGCACCGCGUGUGGAUCCUCGCCAAGGACCUGUCGUACUUCUACGACCUCAACGACCUGCUCUCGUGGCCGCUCGACUUCUUCGAGCGCGCCACCCAGGAGCUCAGGCAGAAGUGGCCCGACUUUGAGUUUGUCGGCUCGUUCAACGACCGGCGCUUCAUCAUCCAGGAGCACCAGAAGGACCAGACCAAGCCCAAGCUCAAGCCGCGCGAGCAGCCCAAGGGCAUCGUCGCGCUCGGCGGCGGGGUCGGCGGCGAGGAGGGCACGCUGCUCUCCCCGGCCGAGUUCCGUCGCGAGCUCUCCAACUCGCGCGUCAUGCUUGGUAUCGGCCGCCCGACCGUCAGCCCGAGCCCGUACGAGGCGAUGAUGCUGGGUGUGCCGUUCAUCAAUCCUUACUGGCCCGGACCACACGACCCGAACGGGACAGACCACUCGAGCACCUGGCAUUGGACACAGCACACGUCGCUGCACUUUGAGAAGCCUCCACACGUCUACAACGCGCUCAGGAACUCGUACGAGUCCUUCAUCGAGACCAUCACGGCAGCGAUGGAGACGCCGUGCCCGCCCAAGCGGAUGGAGUGGGUGUCCGAGGAGGCGCAGGACAAGCGCAUGCGCGAGUUUAUGGAGUUUGACUGGCGCUCGCUCGCCGCCGGGAUCCUCGAGGAGCGCCUCAAGGGCAACGAGACGCAGCUCGGCAAGGGCCCGUGGCUCAACGGGCGGCACAUCCCGGAGAAGCCUGGACUCUUCGAGUUGUAG